AUGUCAUACAUUGAAAUUAACUCAUUUUCUAAAGACCGCAAGACCAACCAUUGUGAGGACGAACUGAAACAAGAGAUUGAAGACCUGAAAGAACAGAAGUUCGAGCUGGAGCUAAAGCUGAAGGACACCAUAUCCAAAGCAGAUGAAGAGAUCUUUGAAUCCAAGAAGAGGGUUUCUGAAGUACAAGUUCAAAAGAUCGAACUAGACUCUAAACUCAAGACCGUAGGCGAAAAAUAUUCGAAGGCAAAAGAUCGUCUCCGCCAGCUCGGAAAGGAUGUUGCCGAUUUACGGAGCCAGAAGAACGAGGCGGAUUCAGAUAAUCAGCGUCUUUCACUUGAGAUCAAGGACCUAAAGGCCGACAUUAAGCCGCUCCUGUCAGAGAAGGAACAGUUGAAAUCUUAUUCCAUGGAGUUAGAGAAGAAAUUCUUAGACACCACAGAUCGUCUCAGUCAUCUGACAGAGGAUGUUGCCAAUUUACAGAGACAAACGAAAGAGGCAGAUUCAGAAAAUCAGGCGUUAGAGGAGAAAAAUACCAAGACCGAAGAUCAUCUCACGGAGUUGAAGAAGGAAUUUGUCGAUUUACAGAGCCAGAAGAACCAAACAGAGGCAGAAAAUCAGCGCCUUUCUGAUGAGGUCUCGCAGCGACAGGCUAAUAUAGAGCAGCUCCUUGCAGAGAAGGAACAACUCGAGUCUAACUCUGAGGUAUUAAAGGACCAGUUUGAAUCAAGCAACGAAGAAGGUAAGAGACGCCAGGCUCUGACACGGCAGUUCAGCGAUGAAAAGUCUCAACUUUCCAAGCACCUUGAAGAUGCCCGACAAAAAUGCCAGGAAUUGGAGGAGAAACUCUCGGCUGAGGAACAGGGGAAAGAACAACAGCAGAAUGAGGAACUUACAGCUCAAGUUAAGAAGGCUCAACAGCAAUAUCAGGACCUGAAUGAAAGAUCCGCAUCGGAGCUAGAAGAAAUGACGAAAGCUCGCAAAGAACUUGCUGAGAGAGCGGCGAAAGAGAAGGAUGUGCUCACAGCUGAACUCGCAGAAGCUCGCAAACAACUUGAGGAGUUGAAGGAUGAAUUCAAAUCUUCGAAAGAGGAAAGCGAGAUGAAAGUUAUCACGCUGCAGAAGAAGAAUGACUCCAUUUCAUCUGAACUCGCAACUGUCCGCAUUAAUUGCAAGGAGUUGAAGGAUGAAUUCAAAUCUUCGAAAGAGGAAAGCGAGAUGAACGUUUCCAAGCUGCAGGCGAAGAAUGACUCCAUUUCAUCUGAACUCGCAACUGUCCGCACAAAUUGCCAGGAGCUACAGGAGACACUUGAGGAGUUAAAAGAAGAGAAUAAGAACAUGGUUCAGGCAACAAUUUCGGCACAGGGAGGAAAGAAUGAGGAAGUAUAUGAAGAGCUGAUGAAAAGCUUCCAAGAAUGCAAGGAAAAAGAAGAGGCAUUGGAAGAAGAACAAGAAGAGUUCGAAGAAACAGUUGCCAAAUGGGAGAAAGAAAAAGCCAAUUUCUUGAAACAACUCGAAGAUCGUCAAGGUGUAUUGCAGGAGGCCAAUUCUAACCCGGCUAAGCUUCAAGGUGGAACCGAAAAUCUUGACGAGCGAAUUGCCGGGCUCCAGAAAGAGAAAAAGAAAUUAGAAGAAAAACUUCAGGCUGCUGAUAAAGAACGCAAGGCAUCGGAAGGUGAACUCAAGUCUGUGAAGGAGGAAAGCGAAAAGCAGGUCACUGAGCUGCAGGCUGAGAACGAUUACAUGAUACGUGAAAUGGCAGCCCUACGCGACCUUUGCGUGGAAACGGAUACAUCAUUGGAGUCUGUGGUAGAAAGGAAUGAUCAACUGAAACGGGCUUUGAGGCUUAUUCGAAAAGGAAAUGACGAUGAACUCUUGGGAGAAUUGGAGAAAAGUUUCCUAAAAUGCCAGGAUUUGGAUGAGGCUUUGGAGCGGCAGCGGCAAGAACACAAAGAAGAAGCUCAGAUAUGGAAGGAAGAAAAGACAUAUCUCUUUGAAGAAUUCAAAGACCUUCAACUUUUAAGUCAGGUAUGGGCACGCAUCAUCGGUGCUACAUAG